AUCCAAUAUCCCCUCUCUUCUUUUCAAACAUUCCUCUCCAACUCCACUUUUCUCUCUCCUCACUCUGCCACCAUUUUAUAUCUCCCUUCCUCCCUCAGCAACUGCUCACACAUCUCCCAAUUCCCAAAUCCCUCUCUCAUGAAAAUGGCCGAUGAUGAUGCUGUGGAAGGAGCAGGCUACUGGCUCCCCUCUGAGUUUCUCACAGACGACGAUUUCGUCGUCGACAAAGAGAAUUCCGACUCCAAACGCUUCUUCCCCACUGAAUUCCCCUGCAAUUUUCAAAUUCAGUCAAAAAACGACGCCGUUGUCGAUCUCGAUCUCGCCGGCGAAAUCGCGAAGCUGAACCUGAACCUGAACCCUUCCCCGCCGCCAAAUGCAUCGAUUGCUAAAACGGGGAGCCUCUUUCCUCCCCAAUUCGGAAACAUUGGCCCGAAGGCAGGGCGAGGAGGAGGAGGAGCGUGGGCCCGAAAUCGAGGCGCGGUGGCUCAAGGAGGCGCCGCUGCGGCUAAAAAGGCGUGCGCUGGAACAGGAGUGUUUUUGCCUCGCCGGUACGACCUCGCCGCUGUCAAUUCUCACCCGGCCGCAGCCCCUCGCCGGAGUCCAGCUUAUCCCUAUCAAGGUAGAGAAGCCGCUCAAAUCCACACCAAGCCUCUACCGUCUCGUUUCGUCGAGAACGAAACCAAGCCUCUGCCUCCGCCCAAGAUCGCCUCGGAUCAUUAUUCGGCUGUGGCUCGAAGGCGUGACUUGGUGCUGCGGCUACGUCAGCAACGCAGCCAGACUCCGGUGGCGGAAGGGUCACAGAUGAUUGGGUGCGACCAUCUGCGCCUCCCGGUGGAGUGGACUUACUGAUGGAUGUUACUCCCUAGUUUUUACCUUUGUUUUUUACCAAGUAUAAUGUGAUGAUCAAGUGUGUGUAAAGUAGGUAAUAAGCAGAUUAUAAAAAUGUAGGGAAGAUUUGAAUUGGAGUAGAAAUGUCAAAUGGGAGGUCAGAGGUGGUGUUGGUUUGGUUGGUUUUUCUUAAAUACAGUAACAUUUUUUUGUGGACAAGGGCCAUUUGUUUGUUUGAUAGUAGUAAUAAUUUUUUGAAUGCAAA